AUGGAAAGAAUUUUAUUUGAAUACACAAGUAAAAUUAUAUGGCCAGAGUAUAAUUAUAUGAAAAUACUGAUUGAAUUUUCAAUCUUAUAUAUUUUGUAUACCAUAUACAAGGUGAGUGUAGGAAAGUAUAUAAAUUAUAAAGCAUAUACUAAAAUUACUAGAAUUGAAAAGAUUAAUACUGAAGAUGAGGUUAAGAAACAAAAAUAAAAGACUUAAGAAAAAUAGGAUAAGUAAGAGAAAAACUAGAAAUAAGGAAAGAGAAAGAAUUCUGAAAAAGAAUAAUAAUAAUAAUCAAAAGAUGUCUAAAAACAAUAAAAUAAAUAGGAGACCUAAUAAUAAAAAUAAGAGAAUCAUCCUCAUAUAUCAUAUAAGGAAUUGUUGAAAUAGGAGAGACAUAAUAAAUAAUUAUAAAAUAAAGAGAAAUCUAAAUCAUCAAACAAAAGUAUAUAAUAAUUAUUAUUAUUUUAGUUACUCAUCCAUUAUAUUUAUCGUCUGUAAAAGGAUUCUCUGAUUAUAUAACAGAUUUUGCAUAUAAUAAUAGAUAUUUGAUUGCAACAGGAUUUGAUAAUAGUAUAAAAUUAUUUGAGAUGGAAUAAUUUUUCAAGAAUCCGGAUUAACCAAAAUAUUUAUUUCAUACUUUAAAUGACAUGCAUGCAACAGCAAUCUGUAUAUCAAAAAAAGAGGAAAUUGCUUAUUUUUCAGCUAAUAAUCAAUUAUUCAAUUUAGAAUUCUAUCCAAAAGCUGAAGAUAAAUAAUAUUUCAAAGUAAUUCCUAAAACAAAGAAUUGUCAUAAAAGUGAUAUUAAUAGUUUACAUGUUGAUGAAAAUGAUAAAAUUCUUAUAUCUACAAGUUCAGAUACACAUAUAAAGAUUUGGAAUAUGAAAGGAGAUUUAUUGAAGGAAAUAAAUACAUCAUAUGGUGAACAUUAUAGUUCUUGUUUUAUGAAAGGAUUUUUAGUAGUUAGUUCUUGGAGUGUAGAUACAAGUAUCUAUGAGAUUAAGUUCAAUAAGGAUCAUACAUUUAGAACACUUGAAAAAGAAGAAGUCUUAAGAGGUGAGAAGACUAGUGUAUUAGAUGCUAGUUUAAAUGAGCAUGGAACAUUAGCUACAUUAUGUAAUAAAUCAUAAUGUAGAGUUUACAAAAUAAAUACUGAAAGAAAAAUUAAAGAAGAUGCUAAGUUAUUAACUAAAGUUGAACAUCCAAAUAUCAGUGCAGCUGCAGUAAAUGAAAACAUUCUAGUAGUAGCUGCUGAUGGAAGCAUUCAUAUUUAUAAUAGAAAUGUAUCAAUAUCAUUUUAUUAUUAUAGUUCUAAUAAAUUGAUCAAAUAGAUAAUGCUGCCAAUGGUGCUUAUAUUAAGAGAGUGAGAAUUCAUGAAUUACAUUCAAGUUUAAAGAAUAAGAAUUUCUAUGUAUGUUUUGUUUGGGGAUAAGAUGAAGAAAGAGUUAAUGUCUUUGAUUUUACCAAAUAUCAUGAAUGAU